AUGACAGACGCCAAUUCCGCACCAGAGACGGCUGCCGACUCGCAGCGGCUGAAGAACAUCACAGAAGGCGUGGCUGUCCGCGGAUACCACAGCGAGCAAGACAUGGCGGCCGAUGUCUUAUCACCACGGAGCGACCCGGGCGCAUCGGCGCAGGUCGGGGUCAAUCGCACCUCCCUCCCGCCGCUCGUCACUUCCCCGCCAUCCAAGGCGAAGCUCGAGCGCGCCAGCUCCUACAUGAACAAGCGACUGUCAACCUUCUCCAACACGUCCAACACACACCAGUCCGUCCGCUCCCGGCCGCAGUCGACUGCCUUCCCCAUCUUCCACUCGAGUCUGCCCUACUCGCUCGUCCGCGACUUUGCCUACGACCCGCUGCACCCGCUCUUCUACGGCCCUCUCCCGGAACAACCUUCCGACAUCUCGACACCGGCCAGCGAACACAGCCGGAGACUCUCGGACCCGCCACCCGUGGCAUGGCGAAGCGACCGAGGCGGUUGGUCCGCGGGGUCCUGGGACGAGAACGGCGAGCAGCUCCCACAAACAGCAUACGACGGCGGCCCGCCCUACAGCGAGGACGACGACAUCUCCAGUCCGGUGGUCACGAGCCACCAUGGCGCGCGCCAUAAGAAACACAAGUCCAACAUUGUCAAUUUCGACCACACUCGUGGGCGGAGAGGAUACCCCGAAGAGCAACGGCGGGGCUCGAUACUGCCUAUGAACGGCGAGAGCAGCCAGUUCGUCAACGAUGAGGCUGCAAACGGGCCCGGGGGUGAGUUAAUCACAUUUCCGCCCGAGUCGUCGCGGCUCGGUGUGCCAGAAGGAGCUUCACGACGAGACUCGCACUUCGCAACCACUCUCCCACAACGGGCAUACGCCGAGACCGACGCCGAUGUCGAGGGCCCGCCAUACGACUCAGACGACGACAUGUCAGAGCCCGAGGACUACAUCCACGAUGACAACCGAUUCUCGCGCGACUACCAGUUCACCAUCGCAUCGCCCGACGAGGAGAUGCACGGCAAGGCCGUCGCCCUAUUCGACUUCGCACGCGAGAACGACAACGAGCUACCGCUGGUAGAAGGACAGGUGAUAUUAGUAUCAUACAGACACGGCCAAGGUUGGCUCGUAGCCCAAGAUCCAAAGACUGGCGAGAGCGGGCUUGUCCCCGAGGAAUACGUCCGCCUGCUGCGCGACAUUGAGGGCGGCUUGAAUGGUCUAGUCGGCGCGGUACAACCUCAGCCCGAACUACUGCCACCCGAAGCCAACAACGGGCCUGAGAGUCUCCUCAGCCCCAUCUCAGCUGGACCCGAAGCGAAGACGCCCACACAGGCCGAUCACCCCCAGAACUACACGCCUGUCAUAUCCACCUUCUCAACAAGCCACAAAGAUCUGGAGAAGUACCCGACAGAUAGGCUCGGGACGCCUACUACCACCGAAGGCGGCCCGUUCUCAAGAAGCAAAGACACUGGUGCUAUGGAGGGUGUGGAGUCAACGCCCGAACCGCAGUCUCAAGACCAGAAGCCAUGA